UAAGAAGGGGAGAAGAUUUAAUAAAGAUGAGAAAAUUAUGGCACUGCAUUUUUAUAAACGGGGGCCAAAAGUUUAUAGAAUGCUGCAAAAAAUAUUUGUGCUGCCAUCUCCAUUCACUUUAAACAAAAUGGUAUCAAAAGCCAAUAUAAAAUCUGGAUUAAAUGAAAAUAUUUUUCAACAGUUGAAGAAACAAGCAUCACGGAUGAAACCAAGCCACAAAUUAUGCACAUUAGUUUUUGAUGAGAUGGCCCUAACACCUCACCUGGAUUACAGCAGGCGAAAUGAUAAAAUUACAGGGUUAGCAUCAAUGAUUAAGAAAAAUAUAAGAAAAUUAAAUGAAGUUGGCUUUAAAGUUCUGGCUACUGUUUGUGACCAAGGAACUUCAAAUGUAAGCGCUAUCAACUAUUUAAUAAAAGAAACAAAACAGGAAUAUGCAAAAGCUGGCAAAGAAGCAAAAGAUGGAGUUUUUGAGGUGGAUAAUGAAGAAGUGGUUCCUUUAUUUGAUGUUCCACAUUUAAUAAAAGGUAUCAGGAAUAAUUUAUUGUAUAAAGAUUUGUCCUAUACAAUAGAUGGCAUAAAAAAACAGCAAAGUGGGACCACAUUGCAGUCUACUAUGUUUACAGAUCAGGGCUUACUGCCAAGUGAAUGCAAAGAUACAGCUGACAUUCUAUUAUUUUUUGAUGAAUUAUUUGACUCUAUGAAUGGUAGCUGUAGUAACUCUUCUAAAAGAAGUGGAAAACCACUACUUUUGCCAGUGAAACCCAGGUCAGAGCACCACGAAAUUUGGAAAAAAUCAAAAGUGGUCCUAAAAUCAAUGAAAGAAUAA